AUGGUCCAGAUCAGCGAAGUGAAAGGCAACUCGCGCGAAAACAGGACCGCCGCGCACACGCACAUCAAGGGUCUUGGUCUGCGCUCCGAUGGAACAUCAGAGGUCACUGGCGAUGGCUUCGUCGGCCAGGCUGCUGCCCGAGAGGCAUGCGGUGUUGUCGUCGAUCUGAUCAAGGCGAAGAAGAUGGCCGGACGGGCUGUUCUGCUUGCUGGUGGCCCCGGCACCGGAAAGACUGCGCUCGCUCUUGCAGUAUCACAGGAACUGGGAACCAAGGUGCCCUUCUGCCCCAUCGUCGGCAGCGAGAUCUACUCUGCAGAGGUCAAGAAGACAGAGGCAUUGAUGGAGAACUUCCGACGAGCAAUUGGCCUGCGAGUUCGGGAAACAAAGGAGGUGUAUGAGGGUGAAGUCACAGAAUUGACUCCAGAGGAGACCGAGAACCCCCUGGGUGGUUACGGACGUACGAUCAGCCAUCUUAUCAUCGGAUUGAAGUCAGCCAAGGGUACCAAGAAGCUCCGUCUCGACCCUAGCAUCUACGAAGCCAUUCAGAAGGAGCGCGUCACAGUCGGAGAUGUCGUCUACAUUGAAGCCAACACUGGCGCUUGCAAGCGUGUCGGACGUUCCGAUGCCUACGCGACCGAGUUUGACCUGGAGGCUGAGGAGUACGUGCCCGUUCCCAAGGGCGAGGUGCACAAGAAGAAAGAGAUCGUCCAAGACGUAACGCUACACGAUCUCGAUAUGGCCAACGCCCGGCCACAGGGUGGACAGGAUGUGAUGAGCAUGAUGGGCCAAUUGAUGAAGCCCAAGAAGACCGAGAUCACAGAGAAGCUGCGCCAAGAGAUUAACAAGGUGGUCAACCGAUACAUCGAUCAAGGUGUCGCGGAACUGGUUCCUGGUGUGCUGUUUAUCGAUGAAGUUCACAUGCUGGACAUCGAGUGCUUCACUUAUCUGAACCGCGCUCUCGAGUCCACCAUCUCCCCCAUCGUGAUCCUUGCUUCCAACCGCGGCCACACCGUCAUCCGUGGCACCGACGACAUUUCCGCUGCCCACGGUAUCCCACCCGACUUGCUGGCUCGUCUCCUCAUCAUUCCCACUACCCCCUACUCGUCCGACGAGAUCAAGACGAUCAUCCGGUUGCGCGCGAAGACUGAGAGUCUCAACAUCACCGAGCCCGCAUUGGACAAGGUUGCUGAGCACGGUACUAAGGUCAGCCUGCGGUAUGCUCUGCAGCUGCUGACCCCCGCGAGCAUUCUUGCUCGUGUCAACGGUCGUCCCGGUGGUAUUGAGGUUGCUGAUGUUGCUGAGUGCGAGGACCUGUUCUUGGAUGCCAAACGAAGUGCUAUGAUUGUCAACCAGGACAGCAGCAAGUUCCUCCUAUAG